AUGUGGGGUGCUGGUUUCGCCUCGUCCCGACCGUGUGUGGUUGAACUCGGGCGGAAUCACAGCCUGCCCUUGGGGCUAUGUGGCUCGGACGAGCCUCACUCUCUUUAUGGCUAUAUCGUCGCAAUCCCUUUACAGGAUUACGGUGGGAUCAUGUCGGGAUUGGGGUCGGAUUCCUGGUGGAAGAAGACCCUCUAUAUCACCGGUGGUGCCCUCCUCGCCGCUGCUGCCUACCUAUUACACGAGCUGCUCGCCAUCAGGUAGGCUACAAUGGCAAAAAUAUGCUACGAUGACACAAUCUGCAAGGGUAUUGCUUCACAUGAUGAAAUGUGUGUAUCUGUGUGAUGUUUAGGCUGUGUUUGCGUAGGCCUAAUCUACAAUAUUCACAAUAAUGAUCAGAAAUUAUAAAAUCAUUCACACCCUGGGGGAUGUGCUGGGGGUGUGUGGCUGGUGGUGCGCACUUACUGUCACCUCUGAACAGCUGCUCUUGACAGAUCUUUGAAAAACAGAAUAUUGCUAUCGUUUGUUUACAUUUCUUCACAUAUUCGCGGAAUCAUCUCUUCCUGCACUGUAGACUAGACUGUGCAGCUGUUUUAUGAUACAGUUCCCCGCAAGGAGGCAAGGACAGAAGAUGGAAAAAUAUUGGAAUGUGGAAAAUCACGCGUCAGGUCUUGUGCAAUGUCUCGUGCCAGCCACAAGCCACUUGAGAGUAAAUAUGCAUUUCUCUAGCGCUGCAGCAGUUGUGUCAGAAUUACCUUUACUAACCUCUUACGUGAGCUAUUUUAAGAUUUAUGUUUAGUGAAAGCGGACGUUUGUAGCCUACUGUUGAAUGAAAUGCGUCUGGUUUAAUCUUUGAGAGGGAAGAUUAAUCCAGGCCUAUUGUUAAUGUAAUGAAUGGCGCUCCUGUCCCCACACAAUCGUCAAUCAAGGAUUUAGGCCUAUGGUACAUUCUGUAACAGUGGCUCCAUAUAAUCUGUCACACACUCUGAGAGGACUGGCUUUGCAUUUCCCAAUUUGGAAACAUUGCUGUAUCACGUUGCAUACGCUUACCAUCGUCAUGCUUCUACCAUAGAAAACUACAUUUUGACAGUAAAUCUGCAGUGUGUUGUUCUAUGCCACCCCUUUGAGUGCUUCUUCUCAAAGGAACUCCCUGUAUCUAGGCCUAAAUACAAUAGUGUUUCUAUUACAUGGUCCAGAAUUUCAGCACCAUUGAAAAAUGGACUUCGACGUAGCCUACGUUGUUUCGACGGUUUCAGCACCACGGUUCUAUGGACAGCGACAUUUUGUGGGAAUGUGAGUUGUUUAUUGUCGUGGACUGUCCUGCGCAAGACCAUUGUACCGAAAACCUAGCCUAUACAUUUUAUUAGCCAAAGUAGGCUAUCAUUGAUAUACAUGCCAUAUUUAUUUCCAUACAUUUAAGUAGAAUUUCAAGGUGUUACAAAAUGUCUGAUGUAACUGACUUUGGAUGGAUUCCAUUCCUGCUCUAUGGACAUGAUAUGUAGGCUAUAAUUCAUAAAAUUAACUUCGGUAAGAACUAGAGUAAUUGCAAGGCAGCACACCCCUGUACUGUAGGCUAUGUUUAAUUAUUAAAGCCAAAAGAUAUGUCAGUGUCAGUCACCCACACCCACCAUUUAAAAACUGUGGGGUGGAAAUGUGAGGACUCUAUCAGCUUUUCACAAGCGUGAUUAGCCUCAUAGGCCUUGAUUUCAAGGGUGGUAGAGGAUUGAAAUGGAAGUUCAGACAAAUCCUAGAGUUUCUUCUGCUGUAGGCCCAUUGAAUACCAUGGAGUCAGUAAUAUGAUGAUGAGUUUACCCUCUCAAUAUCUAUCUCAUUAUCUUAAAUGUGUGUAUUGCAUCUGUGUAUAUAGUGUUGAGACUGGUGACUUAAAUAUAGUGAGGGAACAGGUUGUUCUAGGGCAAUUCAACGAUAACAGAAUUACGCUUUGACUCAGAUAUUUCACUUUAAAAUGUAUGCCAACAAAAAACAUUGAUUUCAAAGUUUAACAAACCAUACAACCCUAUGCACAAGGACUACUUUGAACAAUUUACACAGAACAUUUCACAAAAAAACACAUUUACUGGAAGAACUGUGCAGAUGCAAAGUUUGGUAACAGAAACAUUUCCCUCAGUUUUUUAUGCGACCACGUUUUCCAAAAACGGUUAAAUAUCUGCUCAGAAUUAAGAUAAAAAAAUGUCUGCAGAAAAAUGGGGUGUCAGCUAUGACAUGACACCUUGAGUUAGAAUUGUUUUGUUUGUUAUUGAACUACAGUAGGUGAAGUGGAUUUACAUCUGGUAAUAGAAUUACGGUAACGGAAUUACAUCAUGGGUCCAUGAUCUGUACCAUACAAAAAUCGAUAAUUAUGGAUAUGAAUAUCAUUAUCUUCAUGGUGAUGUAUCCUGAAUAGGCAAACAAAUUUAGAAAUAUGCAAUAUAUUUUUGCAUAUUUGGGUAUUAUUCUACACACUGGUUAUUAUUGUAAUGAGCUCCGUCCUCAAACAAGACCACAUUUGGUUGGUCCAGACCAGACCAAAUCUGAAACAAUCAUAGACGUCUAUGUUUCACAAGUUUGGACAUCAGAGUGGAGCACAGCACAACAGAGUUCAGCACAGUACUCUAGUGUGCUCUACUGUACCGUACUCCACUUUACUGUACUAUUCUGUACUCUACCGUUCUCUACUGUGCUCUACUGUACUGUACUAUACUGUACUGUGCUGUCCAAACUUGUGAAACAUAGACAUCUUUGAUUGGUUCAGAUUUGGUCCGGUCAGGGCCAACUACUUUUCAACGUCCGGUGUCAGUCGGUGCUCAGUGGGUGAGGAUGCUUGUUACAGUAAAUGGAAAGAGGGUAGGUGGUAGGUGUCAGUAAGAGCCGGGAGACGUAACAUUAACUGGCGAGAGAAAAAAUAGAGAGAGAGCGGCAGAGAGAGAGGGAGGGGAUGUCCAGACUGUUUUCACAGUCUUGCUUUGACCUGAGAGACUGUAUAUAAUGACAAGAUGGUCUUGUCUCCGCCCUAACAAUGGGAGUCGUUGUCCCAAAGGCGGGAAGGCAGGCAGUCUGCUUAUCGUUCUGCUUAUCGGUCUGCUUAUCGUGGACAGAUUUUGAUUGAGGAAACCCUCUCGCUUUGCCUCUUCCUCUCUGAUUUGACCACCAGAUGACAGAAAGGGAAAAACACAGUUAUGAGCUGAACAUAACAGUAUGCCAGUGGAAGGGAGGACAGUAGCAGGUGACCCAAGUGUGGUUUGUGACUAGUAUGAUUUCCCAUUGUAGCCAAUUCAAUUGCAGUAAUUCCAUUACUGAUUUUGCAGUAAUUCCGUUACCGAUUUGGUAACAGAAUUACGAGUUUUAAUUACUUAAUAAUUAAUAAACAAACUUGAUAUCAGUAAAAACACUAUAACUACCUUUACUUAUUACUUCUGUGAAAUGUCAUUAUCCUCCCUCAUGAUGGAGAGAAAUUAGGAAACAUCUUAAAGAUAUGUGGGUUUUUGGUAACAGAAUGUAUAUUUGCCUUAAUUUCUCAAAAAUAUAGACUCUUUGCUUUCAUUUGACACAAUUUGACAUGCUUCUAUGAACUUCACAUGUUGAUGCUCAUCGGCCCUUUUAAAUGGAAAUGCCCUCUGUAACACAGAGCAAAGGGAAUAGUAGAAUAGUUCCUCUCGCUGCUGUGUCACCAUGCUAUAAUAGGCACCAGGUGAGACCCUCCCCUCCCAGUGAGAUUACUAAGAGCCUGAAACAGAGCUGCAACUAAUCCUACUCUCUCCUAUCUGAUCUCCUCCAAUCAGGGCGAGUUAUGACAUUGUUCUCACAUCACAAACUGACCUGGAAAUAGCUGUACUGUUGUCACAGAAACUUUGAUGACUUUUAAAGUGGCUGUCACAUAGAGAUAAAACAAUUGUUUUCAAGUGUUAUAUCUCAUGGGGCUCCCACCUGUGUAUUUUGAAGUUGCCUCAGUAUAGCAUACCUUUUCAGAUGGCCUUUUUUCUCCCCGGGUGUUUUCCAGGAAGGAGCAGGAGUUGGACUCUAAAGAUGCCAUCAUCCUCCACCAGUUCUCCAGGCCAAACACGGGGGUCCCCAGCCUCUCACCAUUCUGCCUCAAGAUGGAGACCUACCUACGCAUGGUGGACCUGCCCUACCAGGUACAAUAGUCUGUGUAAGAUAAAGUAUAACUUUUAAAAAGUAGAACUGGUUUCCUGUACACAGAUUAAGCCUACAUUCCUGGACUAAAAAGCACUUUAAAUGGAAAUUCUCAGUCUGGGAAACCAGUCCUACAUAUUCAGAUACAACUAGAGUGCGUUUUAUGAUGAUUUCCUCGGGUAUCAAGUAAUUCAUGAUGCAAGAAGAUAUUUAACACUUAGAUGGAGAGUUCGUUCAAGUAUUUAAUAGGUACCGUGGUUCACAUAACAAAAAGACAUGUCCUUCGCCUCUUGCCAUUCGAACUAACUGAACAAAGAAAACCUCUCAGUUUAUAUACCUCAUGUGACACAUUUCUUGAACAACAUCUGUUAACCAUCAUUUGGCACUCCCUUCUUUGAUGGUAUUACCCUGUACCCAAGUCAGUAUAUUACUAUCUAUCAAUCAUUCUAAGAUAAACCACCAGUAAGCUCCCUUGACAUAAUGGAAUCCUUGUUAUUCAGACUGUGCGGCGCCAAGUCACUUAUCUACUAAAUCUACCUUGUUCUAUGACACUGUGAAAUGACAUCAUAACAGUGUGUCAAUCUCCCAGUGCUGAAUCCCAUUCUGUUCUCCCUCUUGCAGAACUACUUUGAUGGGAAGCUCUCUCCGCAGGGCAAGAUGCCAUGGAUUGAGUAUAACCGGCAGCAGGUGUCGGGGUCAGAGUUCAUCAUUGACUUCCUGGAAGAGAAGCUGGGCGUCAACCUCAACAAGAACCUCAGUCCCCAGGAGAGAGCCGUGUCCCGGGCUGUCACCAAGAUGGUGGAGGAGCACCUCUAC